AUCUGCUGUUGAAAUAAACUCUAAUAGUUCAUAGCUUUAGCUUUUCAUUUUAAAUCAAGCAUUAAAUAUGAUUUUUGCUUCGUUACGGUUCCGCUUUUACAAUUCUUAAAAUCCACUUUCGACCUUAGGUGUUUCAGUACCUAAAAUGGGAAAGAACAGCCUUCUUUUGGGAAUCUGGGCAACGUUAUUAUUAUCAGAAAUGUUUGCCUCACAACUGGGACCAUGUCGGAAAUUGGUCCAGACAUUACCCUCAACCUCAAUAAAAGGCAAACUGAUACAUAGAUCGCUUUAUCUGGAUGUUUUUGCAUCUAGAAAGACGAGAGCAAAGCCCCUUAACUUAUGUCUUCGCGAGGUUUUUCCAAACGCCAAGCAGAAAGAGUCUACGGUUAUAGGAACGGAUAAUAAGGAGUUCUUGGUUCUGUACAGAUGUACGUACUUUCCCACUUCGAAUACCAGCUCGGAGUUUGUUAACACCUAUACAAGGCUGAAAACACCUAGUGCGGGUACUAUAUCAAAAAUUUCCGAGGCAUACAAGAAAAAUGGACUGCCGGAGUGGCAAGUAUUGGCAUUGUGCCAGUAAAAUUAAUUAUAUAUUGUAAAGUUGUAUUCAAGAAUCAAGUUAUAUUUGUUUUCUUAUUAAGACAA